AUGUCUCGUUUUCCGAGCGGGCUGAAGAGCAUCCUGGUGAUGGUGAUGUUCCUGCUGGCCCUAAAUAUUGCAAUGGGAACUCCCCGUGGCGGAAGUAGUAGCAGCUCUCGCUCCAGUUCUGGAUCCAGUUCCCGCUCCAGUUCUGGAUCCAGUUAUAAACCUAGUUAUGGAUCCAGUUCUCACUCCAGUCCUGGAUAUAGUUCUAGAUCCAUUUGGUCACUUUUUGGUUCUAGUUCAGGGAAUGGCGGACGGCACUCCGACUCUCCUCCAUCCUAUUCAUCUUCCUCGAAAACCUAUUCGCUCCCAUCGUUCCACUGGGAAGGACUUUCGCCCAAAGGACCUCCGCCGGCGUACUCAGCUCAUGAUACUGUAAGUGGAGCUCGCACGAACAUUCGCGAAAGUCCGCCGGCCUACAAGCCCCAAAAAAAGGCAUCCAGCUCCCUAUAUCAUUCCCACCCUUACUACAGAACGACUACCUCCAGCUACAGCUACUACCAUAAUAAGGAUCACAGAUAUAACGCCACCGAGGAUUAUUUACUCAGUGCAGCCACCAACUCACAUAAUACCCUUAAUGCAUACAUUGUCCUUAUCCCGACUUUUCGGUAUUUGUUAUUGUAA